AUGGCGCACUUUAUCAGAGGACAUCGGUACAAGAAAUCUAGGGCUUGUUUAAUGAGUAUCAAACAGCGAGAGGAGGAAAUGUUAAGGGCCUACAUAUCCCGCUUCAAUAAGGAGGCUCUCUCGAUCGACGAAGCCGACGACAAAAUACUUGUAGCAACAUUCAUGAAUGGGCUAAAGGAGGGUAAGUUUUUGUUCUCCCUGUACAAAAACGACCUGAAGACCAUGUCAGAGGUGCUUUGCAGGGCCACCAAAUAUAUGAAUGCUAAAGACGCACUAUUGGCCCGCGAAGAGAGACCCAAGAAGAGAGAAAGGCAAAAAGACACCCGGCAGGAUCAAGGCCGAAAGAGAGCGAGGACAGGAGACCGAAGGGAUGAGAGACGACUUAAGCCCCUAGAGGGAAGAUUCACCAGCUUCACCCCGUUGACCGCUCCGAUAGAUCAAGUCCUAAUGCAAAUCAAGGACGAGGGGGCUCUGACGUUCCCUUGGAAGCUGAAGAGCGAUCCCAACAAGCGGUCUAGGGAUAAAUAUUGCCGCUUCCAUCGUGACCAUGGUCACGACAUGGCAGAUUGCUAUGACUUGAAGUAA